GCACGCACUGAGGUAUUGCUGCUUCGGUUGUCAUCAAGCCUGUCGUCAGAGGGUGCAAGUUUGACUCGCAGCAUCCGGCCUGUGGUGUGGUGGAGAGAAAGAUUGGGUUCACCUAAGGAGAGACAUGGGCUUCAAGAUGACUUUCCCCCUCUCUUACAAGUACCGGUUACUGUUACUCUUCACCUUGUGUCUCUCAGUGGUUGGUUGGGCCACCAGUAAUUACUUUGUGGGUGCUAUCCAGGAGAUUCCUAAAGCAGGUUUCAUGGCUAAUUUCAACAAGGUCUUAGUUUGGGGGAAGGAAGAAACUCUGACCAAUGAAACAUCUCUGCGGAAAGUGGACCUCAGCAGCUGCCCUUCUCAAUCUCCGUACCUUCGAGGCCAGAGCAAGCUCGUUUUCAAACCCAAUCUCACUUUGGAGGACGUGCAGGCAGAAAACCCCCAGGUGCAUGGAGGCCGGUACCACCCGGAAGAGUGUAAGGCCGCCCAGCGGGUGGCCAUCGUCAUCCCACACCGGAACCGGGAGAAACACCUCACUUACCUGCUCGAGCACCUCCAUCCCUUCCUGCAGAGGCAGCAGCUGGAGUAUGGCAUUUACGUCAUCCACCAGGCUGGAAGUAAAAUGUUCAAUCGAGCCAAACUCUUGAAUGUGGGUUAUCUAGAAGCUCUCAAGGAUGAAAACUGGGACUGCUUCAUAUUCCACGAUGUUGACCUGGUGCCCGAGAAUGACUUGAAUCUUUACAAGUGCGAGAAGCAGCCCAAGCACCUGGUGGUCGGCAGGAACAGCACCGGCUACAGGUUACGUUACAAUGGAUAUUUUGGGGGUGUUACUGCCCUAAGCAGAGAACAGUUUUUCAAGGUGAAUGGAUUCUCUAACAACUACUGGGGAUGGGGAGGCGAAGACGAUGACCUCAGACUCAGGGUUGAGCUUCAGAGAAUGAAGAUCAUCCGUCCCUUGCCUUACAUAGGUAAAUACACAAUGAUCUUCCACACCAGAGACCGAGGCAACGAGGUGAACAGAGGACGGAUGAAGCUCUUACAUCAGGUGUCACGAGUCUGGAGGAAAGAUGGAUUGAGCAGUUGCUCAUAUAAAUUCCUCUCAGUGAUUUACAACCCUUUAUAUAUCAACAUCACGGUGGAUUUCUGGUCUGACCCAUGACCCUGAACAUUGUGCUGAAACUUGGAAGAGCUGAAUGGUAGCCUGCAAUAAUUUUGGUCCGGAGACUUCCGUUCGUAGACCACAUGAAGAACUUGUUGCAGCCAGUUUUUAAGCUGAGUUGUUCUUUUCCCUGUUUUUCAUUUUCAUGUUCUUUCUUUCUUUUCUUUUUUUUUUUUAAGUAGAGCUACUGUUGAUGAAGAACAAGAGAAGACAGCUUUUUUAAAGUUGUUUUUAACAUGAGAGUUAAGACUAUAAUAGUGAUACUUGAAAGACUAAGGGUAAAAGACAAUUCAGAGGAUAUCAUGAAGGCUGCUUGAGAACUCAGAUGGAAGGAAAUUAAAUCGGAAGUGAUCCAUCUUGGGUUAGAAGGUAAAAGGAAAUAAAAUUACUGAAUGUCACAGACAACCUGAAAUGCAGGGAGCAAGGCAGAAAGGUACUAAGCUAUGGUUCUGUUAUUCAUUUGGCCUAUGAACCUUUACCUGUGAAGAGACAGGUCUCAGGCAAGAAGAGCACAGAAGAGGCGGGAGCAGGAAGAAUCCAGAUGCUGUGAACUUGGGAAUGAGGAGCUGGAGGUCAGGGUCUGGGCGACAGGCCCCACCGCCGCCUUUUGUGGAGCAGAUCCCGCCCAGAUAGCUCUUCCCAGGACUCCCCCAGCAGAGAACACGUUCUCAACUUGUUUUUUAAGUAUUUUUGUAAAAUAAUUUUGUACAAGUAGGAAAUGAAUUAGCAGUUUACAAAUGACACAUUAAUAAUAUAGCAAAAGUACCUCUAGUAAAAGAUGAAAAAGC